AUGGCAACACUUCUUGCAAAAGAAGUCAAAUCUCUCAAGACCGUGCCGAAGCAUCCUUUCUCCUCAUACCGCAGUUUGGAAGAAGUGCUGGCAAAAUAUGACCUCAACAACGGGGUGACGAGUAUUCCGCAAUUUAAACCAG